GCCACCCUCAGACUGAGCGCAGCCAUGAAGAUGAUCAAAGCCAUGAAGAAGCUCAAGUUCUGGUCGAGAAAGAAGAAGAAAAAGCUCAUCAAGCCUCCUUUCAAAGACCACAUCCCACCCCCUCCUCCGCCUCGUCGUCCGCCACCGCCGCCGCCGCCGCCGUGCUGCCAUUGCUAUUACCCGUACAGCCCCGUCGAGCCGUCUGCUCCGCCGCUGCCCCCCGGCGUCGACUUCGGGGCCUUCGAGGAGGAAACCCACGACACCAUUCUGCUGGCAGAAGAAGACAUAAUCUCCAUCACUGAAAAAACUUCACAAGACGACGGUGAUCCUAUGAGCUCGCCGCCGGAAAAUAUUACAGAGAGUUAUCAGAAGUAUAUGGAUCCGAAUCCGGUGUAUGGAGUUCCGGCGACGGCGGCUGCCGGCCCGGCAAUCAGAAGCGAAAGAGGUGCGGGCGGAUUCGGAUGCGUGAUUGAUGUCGGGUUUCACCUGUUCCGUUGUUUCUUCCCGUGUUUUCACGUACGAGAAUUCAAGUGACCAAAGAUUCAUGUGCGCCGCAUGUUGAUCGAGUUCGUGACUGUUAAUGCGGAGAUUAUAAGGCAAGAUUAACGGGUCUAAUCAUGUUUGAGUAUUUUGAUUUUCACUUCUAGUGGUUCCCAAAAGCUAAUUGAUAUUUUGAUAUCUUUUAUUUA